AUGAUGGCUAAAAGGUUGAAGAGCCUUCACAACUCCUCCAACGUCCUCGUGAACGGGAACUUCGCAGAUUGGAAGAAGCCGGAUGGUACUGUGGCGAAGCUGCCAGCGUAUUAUUCUACAGUAUCAUAUCGACAAACAUACAUCAUCCGGUCCUUUCACCAGAUGCAUUGUCUUAUCUCGAUUGCAGAGGAGUAUGGACAUCGGGCAAACAACGUAUCGUCACAGUGGGCUCCCAAGCAUAUUGCUCACUGUCUCAACGCGAUUCGCGAAGCCAUCAUGUGUUUAGCGGACGCUACGCCAAUGACCUACGUGAACGGGUUUGCCGUCGGGCAUGUCACAGAUGACCAGCAAUUCAUGUGCAGGGACUGGUCAGCGCUGCGCAAGUGGGCGAACGAUCCGGUGAGGGGAAUCCGCUAUAAGAACAUCGCGCCUGAGGGGGCAGGCUACGACAAUAACACUGAAAUCAUCCCUUUUCCGGAGCUUUCUGAGUUGGAGAAGGUCGGCUUGGCUUGA